CCCUCCCCCCAUUCAACCACUCGCCUCUCUGUUUCUGUGUGUUUACUACACUGGCCAGCAUAGGAGAGACACUCGUCUUCACAUGCACUGAGAACAACUGAUUUUAGUUGUGUUUGCGUUCAAACCUCCAAGAGAUCAACAUGCCCAGGAGAAAGAGAGAAACAGAGGACAAGGAGGAGCCCCAGAGGAGAUCAGCCCGGAUCAGGUCAUUAGAGAAGCCCGCCACAUCUAAGGUGGAACCAAAGGUUAAGAAGGCAGCGAAGAAAGAGAAAGCCGUGAAUGACAAGAAAGAAGACAAGAAGACCAAGAAGACAAAGGAAAACGCCGAGGCAGAGGCCAGUGAAGAAAACCACUCUGAGAACGGAGAGGCCAAGACCAAUGAGGUGGAGGAAGCCCCCGAGGAAGCCAAGGAGGAGGCCAAGUCAGAGUAGCAGCACUGCCCCAGCGUUCCUCCUCUACAACCGCUCCCCUUGAAUCUCCCCUCUCAAGUCUCUCACAUGGUUUCCCUCCAAGGCGUAUUGUUAACAGAGGAAUAUUUUUAUCAAUGAUUUUAUAAGUAUCAGUACAGAUUUUUAGCACAAAAAGCAAAGCUGAUUAUGGAGCACCUUGCAGAUUUGCAGGGGUCAUAUCAAGUGUCUGCAAGCAAGACAAAAACACUAAAAUCUUUUUUAAACGGCAUUUCGUGAUUGUUCAAGCCUUGUUUGGUGUAGAAAGUGUCCCCUGCCCGAUUGGCUCUGUCGUGGCUUGUGUAUUCCUGUGUUUUUCGUCCCUCCACCCCCUCUGCAGAUUAGACCCUCCUCUCCCGCAGUACAGCUUCCUACCCAUGUUUUAUUAACGGUUCAGCCAUGUCGUUGUGGCCGUUUCCUUUAGACCUCAUAAUGUGGAGUGAGUUCCCUUUUUGCUUGUGUCUCAUGAUCUUUCUUUUUCCUCAUUGAAAAUGUGUUUUUAAAAAGAAUUAAGCGCGUUGCCCAUAAGGAAGAGGAAGACAAACAUGCAAAACAUUCCUGAAACAGUGAUGCCUACGACCUGUGUCCUAGACGAACGACCCUGCGCAUGAAAAAACAGCUCCUGCGUCAUCAUGUCAGCUUUUUUAAACGGUUGGGUUUUUUUAUUUUUAUUUUUUUUAUUAUAGUUUCAAUUUGGAAAGCACUCACAAACGCAGGUGUCUGGUCCCUCUCUUAUGUUACGAAAUUCUCUUAAUAAAAAUAAGUCCUGGGAAUUUUCCUCAAAA